GAUCGUGAAUUGGGUGGAAAGUGUUGUUUGCAGAAAUUUAGCUAGGAGCUUAGCAGAGGAGGUGUUAGUCUUAAAAAAAAAAAGAGGUUGUUUGUGGGAGCCGCAGGACCUUCGCUGUUGUCGUCAGGUCACGACCCGCUAAGAUGGCAGAGCUGAGGCACCGUGGACCCAAAGACAGCGAUCCUACGUUUCAGCAGCAGCCGUCAGAGGACAAGGGUUCGGACAAUGAACUGAAGGCAGAAAAAGAUGGGGUGUCAGACAGUGAGUCCAAAGUGGACUCUGGUGUCCCAGAGGUGCCGGUCCCUCCUGACGACACCCCUGAGGUUUUAAAUAAGGCGCUGUCUGGACUCUCUUCAAGAUGGAAGAACUGGUGGGUACGAGGCAUCCUAACACUAGCCAUGAUUUCCUUCUUCUUCUUCAUCAUCUACUUGGGCCCCAUGGUGCUUAUGAUGAUUGUCCUCUGUGUCCAGAUAAAAUGCUUCCAGGAAAUCAUCACCAUUGGUUACAGUGUGUACCACUCCUACGACCUGCCGUGGUUCAGGACAUUGAGCUGGUACUUCCUGCUGUGUGUGAACUACUUCUUCUAUGGUGAGACCGUGACAGAUUAUUUCUUUACACUGGUUCAGAGGGAGGAGCCCCUUCGCAUCCUCAGCAAAUACCACCGCUUCAUCUCCUUCGCGCUCUACCUCACAGGUUUCUGUAUGUUUGUGCUGAGUUUGGUGAAGAAACAUUACCGCCUUCAGUUUUACAUGUUUGGUUGGACCCAUGUGACUCUCCUGAUCGUUGUGACCCAGUCUCACCUCAUCAUUCACAACCUGUUUGAGGGAAUGAUCUGGUUCAUUGUGCCCAUUUCUUGUGUAAUCUGUAAUGACAUCAUGGCCUACAUGUUUGGUUUCUUCUUUGGGCGAACCCCUCUUAUCAAGCUGUCGCCUAAGAAGACUUGGGAGGGCUUCAUCGGUGGAUUCUUCUCCACCAUUGUUUUUGGAAUCAUGCUCUCCUACGUCAUGGCUGGCUAUCGCUACUUUGUGUGUCCGGUGGAGUUCAACAACGACUCCAACAGCUUCCAGGUGGAUUGUGAGCCAUCAGAGCUGUUUCAGCUCCAGGACUACGCCCUCCCCAGUAUGCUGGAGUCUGUCACUGGAUGGACCACAGUGCGCCUGUAUCCAUUCCAGAUCCACAGCAUUGCUCUCUCCUCCUUUGCCUCCAUUGUGGGACCCUUUGGUGGCUUCUUUGCUAGCGGCUUCAAGAGAGCUUUCAAAAUCAAGGAUUUUGCAAACACCAUCCCAGGUCACGGAGGCAUUAUGGACAGAUUUGACUGCCAGUAUCUCAUGGCCACAUUUGUUAAUGUCUACAUUGCUAGCUUCAUUAGGGGCCCUAACCCCACCAAGGUGAUCCAGCAGCUCUUGGCCCUCCGUCCCGAUCAGCAGCUCUACAUCUUCAAUUCCCUGAAGGCUCACCUGACCGAGAAAGGCCUGCUGCCAGCGCUGGAGGAGGCUGCCGCAGCUUAGAGCCUCCAACAACCACAGCUAGCUCGCCCUAAGAGGAGGGGAGAGACGGGAAAGGAGGGCAGCGGCACCCAGGGAGCCCCGCGCACCCCUGGAGCUCUGGGAAGACUCAGUGCUUUUGCGUGAGCAAGAACACAUCCAAGAAAAACAAACCGAAAACCACAAAAUCGACAGCCUUGGGUCAUUCCAUUUCAUGUGGGUGUGGGAGUCAUGCUUGUCUGUGUUCCUACAGUCUGUGAAUCAUGUUUCUGACACCAGUGUUUUCAGCUUGAGUUUGUGAAUUACUGUACUUUAACACAUUUCCAUUACCGUCAACCUCUAUCUAUUUACACUGUUAAACAAAAUGUUGGUUUGCUGUACAUUUCUACCUGUACACACAAUAUCCUCUAUAUAUACCUUAUUAUUGUGUGUCGAUAUUUUAUUGUUCUUUUUUAUUAUUUCAAUGCACUGCUCUCAGCGCUGUUACUCACUGUAUUCUUACUCUACUGCACCCUCCCUCUAAUUUAAGGGUAAUUUUCUUUAUUGUGAGUUUUUCUAUUUAUAAAUAGAUGUUUUUAUAUUUGGUAUGGUUCUAUUAUAUCUUAAUGUUGUCUUUUUUUCUUUCUUUUUUUAAAAAUUCAGGCUAAAUUCACCAUUGCCAUCUGCCAUGUACAUUUUAUGUCUUUGUCUUUUUUCUGCCAUUCAUCAAAGCCUCUCAUGCUUGGCCAAAUCUUUAAGACGUUAUUGUGCCGAAAUCAAAGGUGAAUGACUAAAUUAGACUUGAAGGGGACCUCUAAUGCUUUGUUCCAGCUCUCCACUUUUUUUCUUGGAUGGUACCAGAGCAGCUUUGCGUGAUUCACAAUUCCUUAUUUAUCCUACCCCGGGCCUUGCUGCAGCUCCUCCUCAGUUCAUCCUCGGAAACGAGUUGUUUCAGCUUCCUUCCCUUUUAAACUUUCUUCUGAUUGGCCCCUGCGCAUAAACAGACUUUAUAUCACACUGAGCCAAGAAUAGGGGGGAAAAAAAGCUUUCUAAAGCCAGACAGCUCCCAGAGAUUGCACAUGCACUGACCUCAUGUUUGAAAGGUUAGCCAUGGUUAUUAAUAUGAGCGUCCACCAUUGUAGCAGUGUGUGUAUGAUAACAAAUAAAGGAAAGCAGCACAGGUCCACUUUAGGUCCAUCAAGUCUUUGAGUUCAACUGUUGGUGGUUUUGUGUUUAAGGAGCAUAAAAGCUACGCUAUCUUCUUGUUGCUGUUCAGCAGAAAUGAUGUCACAAAUAGAGCUGGCUAUGUUUGUUUUACAUAUUUUUUACAUUUUUGCGGUCCGUUGCUUGUUGACUGUAAGAUACAGAGGGAUCAUUGCAUUAUGGCUACUCCCUCUGACAGCUGGAAUGUGUAACAGUGCCAGAGUUAGGGUUUCUACACUGCCAUCAGCUGCUUGUGCGUGCUGUGAUGUCACUGUUUUUCAUCGCUUGAGCGCAGCACAAACGGCAUAUCGAUACUGACUGAUCAACUUGAUUUAUUUGUGGCUUGUUGCCGUCUCAUUGGGUGAAACUUUGGCCAAUACAAUCCGUUAUUGUGUACGUAUUGCAGUUCAUUCCAGUUUCCAGUGGCAUUUUUUAUUUUUGCCACUUUCAAGUGUGUUUGUGUGUAUUGGAUUUAACGAUAAAAUAUAAAAGCUGGGACUUCAUCAAAGUUGGCUUCUUUUCUGAUUUCACACACAAUCUGGGGAUGUUUAAGGGCCACUACAUAAUUGUUUUUAUUAAACCUGCCACACAUUGACUCAUGCUCUCGAUCGUUUCAUAAUCUGCAGACAGAUUUUGGUGGAAUAAAGUGGGCCUUUGAGUCAGGAAUACGCUGCUAAGAUGCAUUGUGGGAAUUGUCUGGCUGUUUCACCCUUGGCUUUUCCACUUUUUCUUCCACUGUGCUGAGUUAUUAAAGUUCACAGACAGAUGGAAAAUUAAUCCACUCAGAUUACCGGUGAUUGUUCAGGUGAGAGGCCCUGUAGACAAAAGACUUGGAUGGUGCUUGUACACAUUCAUUGUUUUGUUUCAUGUCUGUACUCAUAGGACAAAACAGCAAUAUGAACGUUCAUGCAGUAGUCAGUGUAGCAGGGAUAUGAUCAUGGAGAGUAAGAAACACAUACUAUUUAUAUUAUUUAUAUAUAAAUAUUUAUUUAUGUUGUCUGUGUGACAGCACGUCUCUAUGCUAGCCAUACAAAUCAGCUGAUACAGUAAACAACUGCUUUAUUUCACCUUAAAUUUCCUCUGAUCUGAUACUCCAAAAAAAAAAGUUAUAUUUUUAAGCAAAGCACUUUAUUGCUACCCAGAUUUAGAUUGUGGCAAUCAAUUUAUAAAAGGGUGACCUUUUUCCCCAUAGGAGCCAUUGUGUAAACCCAGGCAUGGCUUUAUGUGUUGUGUCCUUCCAUUCAUGAUUUCUGUGCUACAUCCAGCUACUCUCCGUCUUUCUGAAGAUGUUUUUAUUUAAGCAAACAGUUUUGAAAGUUACUAUAUUAUACAUUUAUUAAGAGGCUGUUUAGGAAGACUAUUUUGAGUGUUCUUUAGUAUUUUUCUUAGAGGAAUAUUGAAAGUAUUAUAAUUAUUAUUAUUGCCAUAUAGGAAAAAGUGCAGAGAUGACAGAAAGGUGUUUUCUUGCUGUGGCUUUAUUAGUACAUUUGGGUGUUUUUAUUUAACCUUUUCCCUGAUAGCCGUUGUAUGUUCACUUCUGCGUGGAGUGCGACUUGAAUCAGUGUGGAUACUCAUUCUAGUAGGUUCCAGGUAGCUAGUGUCUCAGUAGAAAUAGAUAUCUUGUGAUUUUUGUUGGUUUUUUGAGCCUCACUGUCUCGUUGUCCUUCGACGGUGCAGGUUUUUAAGCCUGCAGCUCUGUACUGCCAUUUCACUGCCUGGUGUUCCAGACGGCCACUAGAGAGAGCUGGAGCUCCUGUGCUGGGUGGAUGGGUUUGACCCUUUCUGACUGCUGUUUGAUACAUUCCAGUACCCCCUAAAGUUGAGAUUUGCUCACAAGCAGGUCAUUUUUAAGAGAUAAUCAUGCCACUUUCAGAGAGAAACCUGAUUUUUGUUGUUGUUUUUUCCCUCUUCCCCUGUUUUCAGGGCACCUACAGUUGGAUAAGCCUCUGUGCUACUUUUAUCAAGACAGUGCCACUUUGCUUUUGUGCAUCCUGCUCAGUCAGGAGUCUCUUUGAAAUAAAAAAAAAAAGGAAUGUAUGGGAGAGAUGUGUCUGUCCCACAUGCUGUGUAGACUCCCCUCCUGCCUUGUGUUAUAUUUUGUGGUUUGAAGUUAUUAUACAGCUAUAUGAUUUCACUAUAUAAUUAUUCAAAUGUGCAAUGGUUUGUGUUGCGUUGUACAUUGUCUAGAGAAAAGCUGUACUCUUUUUGAUGCUGAAAUGUGCUUUGUCUUGUUUCAGAGAAAAUU